AUGGUUCAGUACCUGGUCAGUCUUAUAGACGUGUUCUCUCUUUGUGUACCACUCUCUUUGUUCUUGUCUCCCAGGCAUCUGUUUUCCAUCGCCAGUGUUUCCUACACCACCAUGAUGGAUGCUAAACACAACCAGUGCAUCAUCAUCAGUGGGGAGAGCGGGUCAGGGAAGACUGAAGCCACUAAAAUGGUCCUGCGUUACCUGACAGCUAUACAUCACAAACGCAACAUUACACAACAGAUUGAGAUCCUGGAGGCCACGCCCCUGUUGGAAUCCUUUGGGAAUGCCAAAACGGUCCGGAAUGACAACUCUAGCCGCUUUGGGAAAUAUGUGGAGAUAUUUCUGGAGGAGGGUGUGAUCAGUGGUGCCAUAACGUCUCAGUAUCUGCUGGAGAAGUCCCGCAUCGUCUUUCAGGGUAAAUCAGAGAGAAACUACCACAUCUUCUAUGAGAUGCUGUCUGGUCUGGAGCCUCACCAAAAACGAUCUCUUUACCUGCAAGAGGCGGAGACAUACUUUUACCUCAACCAGGGUGGUGACUGUGCCAUAGAGGGGAAGGAUGACGGAGCAGACUUCCGUCGCGUGCAGAGUGCCAUGGACAUCCUGUGUUUCAGUCCUGAUGAGCAGAACGGCAUCUGGAGACUACUGUCCUCCGUACUACACCUAGGGAAUGUUUACUUCCAGCCAUACCAGGCUGAAGGCCAGGAGGUGGCGACGGCGGUCAGUGAUCAGGAGAUCAGAGUGGUAGCUGAGCUGCUCCAGAUCUCUCCUGAGGGACUCAAGAAGGCCAUCACACACAAAGUCACGGAUACAGUCCGGGAGAAGAUCUACACUCCCCUGACAGUGGAGAGUGCUGUGGAUGCCAGAGACGCUGUUGCUAAGAUCCUGUACUCGCUGCUGUUUCAUUGGCUGACCGAGAAGAUAAAUGGGCGGGUCUAUCCUCGCAACGAGGCUCUGUCCAUCUCUAUACUGGACAUAUACGGCUUCGAGGAUCUGUUAUUCAACAGUUUUGAGCAGCUGUGUAUCAACUAUGCCAACGAGACGCUGCAGUUCUACUUCAACAAGAUCAUCUUCAGGGAGGAGCAGGAGGAGUACAUCCGGGAGCAGAUCAGCUGGCAAGAGCUUCCCUUCAGCGACAACCAGGCCGUCAUCAACCUCAUCGCCGCUAAGCCUCAUGGGAUACUGAGGAUCCUGGAUGACCAGUGCGGCUUCCCCCAGGCGACAGACCACACCUUCCUCCAGAAGUGCAACUAUCACCAUGGGAACAGCGAUCUGUAUGCCCGGCCAAAGAUGCCCCUCCCAGAGUUCACACUGAAACACUACGCUGGGAAAGUCACAUACCAAGUGCAUAAGUUCCUCCAUAAGAACUUUGACCUGGUGCGUCAGGACGUUCUGGAGCUGUUCAGUAGGAGUAAGAACCGCAUGGUGUCCAACCUGUUCCUCCAACACAGUGAGGGUCUGGCGUCUCAGCAGCGUUCUGCCGCCAGGAGGGGCUCCACCGCCCGCCGCCUCGCCGGCAACACCGUCAGCGCCAAGUUCCAGAGUAGUCUGCAGGACCUGGUGGAGAAGAUGGAGAGAUGUAACCCGUACUUUGUACGUUGCAUCAAGCCAAACCAGCACAAGGAGCCGGGCCAGUUUGAGACGGAGCUGGUGAAGACUCAACUACGUUACUCUGGUAUCCUGGAGACCAUACGCAUCAGGAAGGAGGGAUACCCAAUCAGAAUACCCUUCUACCAAUUCCUCAACAGGUACAAGGCGUUACUGUGUCUAAAGGAGGUACCUCCAGCGGACGGGGAGACCUGUGUUGAGAUGAUCCAUAAACUCUGUCCUGUUAAACCUGGGACAUACCAAGUAGGAGUUACCAAGAUGUUCCUGAAGGAGGAGCUGUACCAACUGAUGGAGUGGAAGCGUGAUCUGGUGUUCCACGUGGCUGCCGUGACCCUGCAGCGUUACACACGGCUGUACUUCAUCAGGAAGAGACGGAACAAGUUCCGAAACACCAUGAUUCAACUACAGACCUUCUGUAGAGGACACCUGGCAAGGAAGAGGUUUGCUCUGAAGAGGAAGUACCUCAUCAAGUUCCGUUCCAUCGUGUUGCUCUACAUCAACCGUCGAAGCUAUAUGAAGGCGGAGAUCGAGCCAAUCAGGAGAGCCGAGGAGGAGUUUAGGAGGAUAGAGGAGGAGCGGGCCAACAGAGAAGUUGUGAACGUUACAACUCUGCCCAUCCCUGCUGAGUUGGGGUUUCUGCUGCAGGCUACCUCAGGUGGCAGGGAGCUCCACUCUGAGUGCCUAGCUCUGGUCCAGGCCCCUAAGGUCCAGGUGGAUCCUCAGCUGACUCUGCCGUUGAACAUCAACAACUACCUCAUCACUCACUACAUAAGGACCAUCUUCAGGGAAGCCUUAUUUGGGAUGUUGUUUGCUCCGUUGGAGCGCUCUCUGACCCGGGUGGACGAGGAACUGAAUCAGCCAGCGGUGGACGUCUUUAUGCUGAUUCUGAGGUUCAUGGGGGACCCCGACCUGAACGGAGCUCAGGAGAACCUGUUUGGGAACUACAUCAUCCAGAAAGGACUGGCCAAUCAGAGCCUCCGAGAUGAGAUCCUGGCACAGGUAGCCAAUCAAGUGUGGCGAAACGUCAACCCUCAGAACUCAGAACGCGGUUGGCUCCUCCUCUCCGCCUGUCUCUCCUCCUUCCCUCCCUCGCAGCGGCUGGAAAAAUACCUGCUAAAGUUUGUCUCAGACUUCGGUCCAGGAGGAUAUGACUGUUUGUGUCAACACCGUCUACUCCAGUCAAUGCAGAGGACUUCACUGGGUUACCACGGCGCCCGGACCUACCCUCCCUGUCUACUGGAGUGGACCGCCAACCGCAAGAGAGCUCACACUGUGCUACAGACACACUAUUACAAUGGUGUGUCCUUCCUGUGUCCACUGCACUCAUGGACCACUGGGGAGGUCCUGGCCAGAGACAUCUUACAGCACGUCGGUGUGUCUGAGGAUAGGCGGGGCUGGUCUGUGUUGCUACGGGAACCGUCCCAGUGGGUGGAGCUGGAGGGCGGUGACUACGUGUUUGACUUGAUCUCAGACCUGGAGUUGCCAGCUGACUUCUCCAAACUGAAGAACUACUUCAUCAUAUCAGCACAGGACUCCAGCAGGCUCAGGACUGACACGAGCAUUAGCCUGUUGGGCAGUGGGUUUGGACCAGAUGAAGGCCUUUCUAGACCCUCCAUGCACACCACCAGCAGACACAGCUCUGGGGGGCUCUACGGACAAGAGCCCCAGAGAGGGAUGGACCGUUACCUUGAUAGCCUGUUCGACCAUGUUCUCUCAGACAGCACUGGAGACCAGGAGCAUCCAUCUGGUCUCUCCAACAGGAUGCAGGGGGGUGGGGGUGUCGGAGGGGGGAGAUGGGACCCCCAGCCGGGCUCCAGCACCCCUUACUCCUCCCAGCCACCCCCCGGAGCGGUGAGAGUUUUGCCGAUGUUGCCGGUGGUCCCGGUGGUCCCGGUGGUCCCGGUGGUCCCGGAGGUCCCGGUGGUCCCGGUGGUCCCGGUGGCUUCUGUAGUAGAUCAACAGCAUGCUGUCAUGGCCCAGCAGCAACACGCCAUCAUGAACCAACAGGCCAUCAUUAUGGCCCAGCAGAUGACAAUGCAGGCCAUGGCUUUAGUAACUUCCCCCAUGACCUCGCCCCCUUCUUCCCCCCUCACCUCACCCCCCAUGAGCCCCCUCCUCCCCCACUCCCUCCCUCCUAGCCCCUACACACAUUUCCCCCCGAGCCCAUAUGCUAGCAUCACUCCUAGCCCUUAUGCCACUUCCAGUCCAGCGAGCCCGUAUGCUGUCAUGCCUCCCAGCACCUAUGCUGCUUCCCCUGCCACCUCCAGUCCAGUGAGUCCGUAUGCUGUCAUGCCUCCCAGCACCUAUGCUGCUUCCCCUGCCACCUCCAGUCCAACCAGCCUCCCUGACCCCUAUCCUGCCCAGAGCCAGAACCUGAGACCCAACUCCACUACCCAGCCUGCCCCUGUCUACCCUGGGGCUAGCCAGCCCACCAGUAAAGACGGGGUUCCUCACCAGAAGUCUCCAGCCAUCCCCAUCAACAAGGAACCUGCCAGGAAGUUUGCCCCGGUGGUGACCAGUCCUGCUCCCCCUGCUGCUGAGGUGGUGAAGUCAUCAGUGUUGCCUCAGGUCGACAUCGUACCCAGCAGUAACAUCAAGGAUAUCAUCAGACAGUACGACUCUCCUCCGCCCGUGACUGAUGCCCUACCGCCCGGCAAGAGGAGACCAGAGGGGAAGUUUAUGAAGAUGCAGAAUCCUCGUGAUGAAGCUCUACAGAUCCUCAAACCUCAGAUGGACAACCCACCACCACAGCCCAAGCGUCCGUUAGGCCCAAGCCCCUCUGCAAUGGCUCUAAAGGAAGCAGGGAUUAACCCCACCAAGAGGGCCAGGAAGAGGGCCCCUGAACCACUCCCUCUACCAGUAUCGCGGGAGCUGCCAGUGGAGGUAGAGACUAUUCAGACCCAGCUCCAUCGCAGCACAACACAAGAACACUACACCUACACCAACGUACCCUGGAAGAUCUACAUCAGGAAGGAGGUGUUCUACCCUAAAGACAGCCUUAGUCAUCCCCUGGUGCUGGACCUCAUUUUCAAACAGAUAGUGAAUGACACUCUGUCUCAGGCAUGUGUUAGAAUCUCCAAUCAGGAGAGAAUGAAGAUGAAGUCUCUGUUUGAGAAACAUGGCGUAGAGCGGAACACGGGCACAGUGGACGAGGCGGUGAAGAAGGAGGUUGUCACAGUAGCCAAGGAAUCCUGGGAUAUUUAUUUCUCAUGCCUAUUUCCUGCCUCUGGUAGUGCAGGUACAGGGGUACAGGUGUUGUCUGUUUCUCACACCGGGAUCAGGCUCCUGAAGACAGUGAAGAGCAGCAAUGAUGUGUCGGACUACUUCAGAGUGCUACGACAUUACACCUACGCAGACAUCCUUUUUCUGACCAUACCUUCAGGGAACAUGCUGGAGUUCAACCUGACCAAUGAGAAGCUUAUUCUGUUCUCAGCCAAGGCUCCACAGGUCAAACACAUCGUGGACUGCUUCAUCACUGAGAUCAAGAAGGACUCUGAGUAUGUGGUAGCAGAGCGUAACUUUGUGACAGACGAGCGUCCUCUGCUCGCUUUCCAUAAAGGUGACAUCAUCAGGCUGCAGGUCACGGAAGGACUGGAAAAGGGAUACAGCUACGGCUCUGUUGUGAGGAAGAAGGUGAUGUUUCUGGAGGAGAUGAAGAGAGACACGCCAGACUUUGGUUGGAAGUUUGGGGUGUUUGGUCGUGCAGGGGCGUUCCCGACAGAUUGUGUCCGUCCCGUCGCCGCCCCUGACUUCCUGUCCCUCCCGGUCGACCGCAGGGCGGAGCUUAAAGGAGGAGCAGGGCGGGUUGCCGUGACAUCAGCAAUGGCUGUGGCCGUGGCGUCCAGCGCGGCCGCUUACGAGAUAGACCCCACCCUGGAGGAGGGGUUUGAUGAGGUCCUAGAGAUCGAUGCGAGCGUUCUGCAGGACACGCGGUACGAUAUGGUGGAGUUCGCAAAGAAAUACUUCAGACAACCGGCUGCUAAGGGGGCCUCUGUGAAGUCCAAGAAGCCCAAAGAUACCAGAGAUCCCUUUGAAAUGGUCAGGUUCUCCAAGUCUCCACUGUCUGAAUCUCUGAUAGAGUUCACUGAUCCUGCUAUGAACAGAGUGGCUACAGACAUCUUCCUAUCGGUCAUGCGUUUUAUGGGAGACCACCCCCUGAAGGGCCUGACAGAACAAGAAGUAGUCAACACCUUCCUGAAGCUGAUUGGACAGUUUGGUCUGAUGAAGGAUGAAGCCUACUGUCAAAUCCUCAAACAGAUUACAGGAAACACCAGCUCUAAACCGGACAGUUGUCAGCGUGGCUGGAGGUUGCUUUACAUCCUGACUGCGUUCCAUCGCUGCUCUGAGGUCCUGAAGCCCUUCCUGUUGAAGUUCCUACAGAAUGCCUCUCGCAGCCAGGGAGUAGUGUUCCAGGGCAUAUCAAAGGCUUGUGAGCAGAACCUGAGGAAGACCUAUCGGUACGGAGGACGCAUCAUUCCUCCCAGCAGCAUGGAACUGAAAGCUACGGUGGCGGGGAGGAGCUCCAAGCGACAACUGUUCCUGUUCCCAGGAGGCAUCGAACGGCACAUGAAGAUCAAGACUUGCUCUGUGGCGCUGGACGUGAUAGAGGAGCUGUGUUACGAGAUGGGUCUACACAGACUGGAGGCCGUUGACGAGUACGCUGUCUUCCUGGUCACGAAAAGAGGUGAGAAUGUCCGUCCCCUCAAUAAGAGGGAGUACAUCCUGGACAUUGCUACGGAGGCGGAGCCAGUGGACAGUAACUACAGCCUGUGGUUCAGGAGGGUCAUCUGGACACAGACGCUCAAAUUUGACAACGAGCUCUGUGUCACCAUGCAUUAUAACCAGGUGCUUCCAGACUACCGUAAGGGCUUGAUGAACAUCCUGCCCAGAGGAAAAGUCUCUGAACAGCUGUUCCUCCAGAUCUCUAAACUAUCAGCUCUACAACACAGAGCCAAGGACAUGACGUUCAUACCCAGCAUCCAUGAGUUGUCGGAGUACAUUCCCCCCCUUCUGUUUGGGAAGCAGCCCCCCCAGGCAUGGGUCACCAUGGUAACUCAGCACAUGCAGCAGGUCCAGAGCCUCAACCCGCACCAGGCCAAAACCCAGUUUCUGGGUCUGGUCAGUGCGUUCCCCAUGUUUGGCUCCUCCUUCUUCUACGUCCAGUCUAGCAGCAGUGGCUCCAUCGACGCUCCCUGUAUCCUGGCUGUCAAUCAAAAUGGACUGCACUUUCUCAACAAGGACACUCACGAGCUGCAGACAGUGGUCCCCCUGGCGGAGGUGCAGUCUACCCGCACCCAGAGACCCUCGUCCGGGACCAGCUACCCCUACGUAGACCUCACUCUGGGAGAUCUAACCACUCACAGAGUCACGCAGAUACAGCUCAAACAGGGAUUGGAGCUGUGUCGGGUCAUUGCCAUGCACGUGGAGAACAUGCUGUCUGUCAGGGAGAAGAGACUCACCCUGCCACCCAGCGAGGUCACUGUGUUAUAA